AUGUGUCUUCAAAGUAUCGUCAUUGAUCUACUUACUAACUUUCAGGUCCUGAAAUAUUGGGGUAAGAGAGACACGAACUUGAACUUACCUACCAACAGCUCCAUUAGUGUAACCUUGUCACAAAAGGAUUUGAGAACUUUGACAACCGUGAACAGUAGCAGAAACUUUGAGAAAGACUCUUUGUACUUAAAUGGGGUUUCUCACAGUAUUGAAAAUGAUCGUACCACUAAUUGCCUGGAGCAACUACGCUCGUUGAGACAACAACUGGAAGAAGAUGAUCCUAACCUGCCGAAACUUAGCCAAUGGAAGCUUCAUAUAAUUAGUGAAAAUAACUUUCCAACCGCAGCAGGGUUGGCUUCCAGCGCUGCUGGAUUUGCGGCCAUGGUUGCUGCUAUCUCUAAAUUGUAUGAACUUCCUCAGGAUGCUUCUGAGUUAAGUCGAAUUGCUCGUAAGGGAUCAGGGUCUGCCUGUAGAUCUAUGUUUGGAGGUUACGUUGCUUGGGAAAUGGGUGAGAAACUAGAUGGUACUGAUUCUAAGGCAGUUCAAAUUGCGCCGCCGGAACACUGGCCAAAUAUGAAAGCAGCCAUCUGCAUCGUCAGUGAUUUGAAAAAAGAUGUUUCAUCUACGAGUGGUAUGCAGACUACUGUCCAAACCUCUGAACUGUUUCAGUAUAGGGUCAAUCAAGUUGUUCCUCCGAGGUAUUCACAGAUGGUUGAUGCAAUUAAGAAUAGAGAUUUCGAAACGUUCGGUACUUUAACGAUGAAGGAUUCUAACUCUUUUCAUGCCACUUGCUUGGACUCGUACCCCCCCAUAUUCUAUCUGACUGAUACAUCUAAGAAAAUCAUCAAGCUGAUACACACUUUGAAUGAUGCGAUCGGUAAGGUGGUAGCGGCGUAUACAUUCGAUGCAGGUCCAAAUGCAGUUAUAUACUACGAGUCAGAAAAUGAAGAAGUGGUUCUGGGGGUCCUAUUUGGUGUUCUGUCCAACGUUGAUGGCUGGAAUGAGAUGAAUUCAGCCACAUUGAAAGUGCCUGAAGGAGUCCCUCUUUCGAGUUUGGAUUCAACUAUUGCAAGUGGAGUCUCAAGAGUGAUUUUGACACAAGUGGGAGAAGGACCUAAAGAGUCCGACAUGUUUUUAGUUGCUCCUUAA